AUGUCUGAAAAUGUUUACAAUGUGGAGGGAAUUUUCAAAAAGAGUGCCGCCAGCUUUGGCGUUUUACCCACAGAAAAUUGUGAAGAUCGAUCUUUGGAUGACAUCGUCUCGACAUCUGUAUAUGGAGAGAGCCGGGAAACUCUGCGAGGUGACGAAACCAUAGAUACCGAACGAAUUCUUCAUUUGUGUUACAAAUGGAUCAUCGCUCCUGUGGCAGAUUUACUUCCAGAGCCUGAAAUCAUCGUUGUGCCCGAUUGUUUCUCGUACCGAGUCCCAUUUGCUGCCUUGCGUGAUGGACCAGCCGGAAAGUAUUUAUCAGAGAAUUACAAAAUCCGCAUCGUCCCUUCCCUGACGACUCUCCGGCUGAUUCAAGAAUGUCCUGUGGAUUUUCACAGUCAAACUGGUGCACUGGUGGUGGGUGAUCCCACGGUUGGCAAAGUGCAUUACAAUGGACGUUUCACCAACUUUAUUCCUCUGCAAUGUGCUAGAAAGGAAGCAGAGAUGAUUGGUCGACUGCUGGGCGUUCAACCUUUGUUAGGAGAAUGUGCAACAAGACAGGCGGUACUUCAAGAAAUACCUUCAGUGUGUCUGGUGCAUCUCGCCGCACAUGGAAGUGCUGAAAGAGGAGAGAUAGCUCUUUCCCCUCAGUGCCACUCUGGCAGUAUUCCACAAGAAGAAGACUACCUCCUGACAAUGUCUGACAUCUUAGGAGUUAAAGUGCGAGCAAAACUGGUUGUACUCAGCUGUUGCCACAGUGCGCGUGGAUUGGUUAAAAAGGAAGGAGUUCUUGGAAUCGCUCGAGCAUUCUUAGCAUCCGGUGCACGUUCAGUGUUGGUAGCAUCAUGGGCCAUAGAAGACGAAGCAACGGAGCAGCUCAUGAAUCAUUUCUAUGGGCACCUUGUUCGUGGAGAAAGUGCCAGUGAAUCUCUUCACCAGGCCGUACAAUGGUUGAGAAACAACGGCUUUCCCAAUCCUUCACAAUGGGCACCGUUUGUGCUGAUGGGAGAUAACGUGACAUUUGAUUUUACGAAAACAGGGAAUGAAGAACUCAAAGAGGACAACGAUGACGUAGAGAAUACCCAAAGUAAUGAAUGAUCCUGCAAAAAGAUUAUCCUUAGGGAAAAUUGCCUUUAAAUGGACACUGGUAUUACUUUGUACAGACAUUUAUAAUUUCUUUAAAGUCGAGCAGUUGUUUUUCAUGCAUUUGUAAACAAGGCUGAAUCGAAAGCAAGAGCUGACACUGAAAGCCGUAACUCAGCUAUUGGAUCUACUAGUUAUAUCAGUAAGGGAAUAAAAUUAAUAAGGAUGGAAAAUUGAACGCAAGAAAUUGGCAAAGCUUUUGAAAUUCGAGAUUUUUGACAAAGUCUUAUUUGAGAUUACAGUUUGAGAAAUAGUAACAUGGCGAUCGAGACGGAAAAAAAAGAACGAAAAAAAAAAACGUAGCGAUCAAACAGAUGGAAAGAAACUGCUUGCCGGAAGCAAAACAAGCAAGACAAAGAAGAAGACAGCCAACGGUGCAAACUUGUGUAAGAAUCCAACUU